UUUCAUUUCUUUUCCUUUUCCUAUCGGGUGGACUUCAAUUUCACCUCGCAAGGACCUCUGCUCUGCUCACCUCCCUUUCCUUUCCUGUCCUCGCAGUCUCAAUCGGAUCCGUUUCUCACACAUAAAGGAAGUCUCUGAGCAAGGAUUCAAGGUUCGACGCCCGUCCUUGAAUACCUCAAUUAGCUGCUGCGAAGAAGGAAAGCUCAGAUUUGAUACAAGAGGGGAAGCCAUGGAUGCUAAUUCUUGGGCAGCUCGUCUCGCUUCUGCAUCUAGGCGGUAUCACUCUGCUCUGCGGUCGCGAUCGGGAAUGAAAUGGGAUGAGUUCAGUGCUGAACAGAUGAUGAGGUUUGAUGAAAUUCAGGUGGAUGAUGAUAUGAGGGAGGAAUAUCAGUGCCCUUUUUGUUCGGGUUAUUUUGACUUUGUGGGACUAUCUUGCCACAUUGAAGAUGAGCAUCCUGCUGAGGCCUCGGAAGGGGAGUGUCCCAUUUGUGAGAUUAGGGUGGGUGAAGACAUGGUUCCUCACAUAACCAUGCAGCAUGGGAAUAUCUUUAAGGUGCAGUGCAAGAGAAAACCUCGAAAACCUAGUUCCAAUUCCACACUUUCUUUGUUGAGGGGGGAACUGAGAGAAGGGAACUUCCAGUCCUAUCUGGGAGGGUCCUCUUGCAUAGCUUCAUCAAGAGACGGAUCCCGAGCCCGCGUCCUAUCAAGUGAUUUUUUCCCAUCUGUUGAAGAUUAUGAAAACAAGUCGUUGCGCCCUUCUGCUGAUCCAACAUCCAUCAAGAAAAGUACAAUCAAUGGCAUUUCAGAAAGGAAAGCACGACUGGCACCCAUGUCCAUCAAAGACCAGGAAGAGAAAACAAAGCAAAGCAACUUUGUUCAAGGAUUGCUGCUGUCAAUGAUCCUUGAGGAUUGACUAGAUAAACUCGAUGCCUCUGGGCUUCCUGCCUUUAGGCGAGUGAUGAACAGGUGGGGGGGAUAGACGGACAAUUGGCCCUGAAUGGAAAGGGUAGGGAGGUGAAGUGAAAAGCUAGGUUUGUAUGAAAUGAAUGAAUGAAUGUAAGAAGGAUUGGUGGUUUGUAGGUUGAAGAAGAAGAUUGAUACUUUAUUUAAGUAUCUUGUUUGCAGUUUUUAUUAUGCUUUGUCUGCUGAAGGAAAUGAUAUAUAUAUACUUAUAUAUAUAGAUAUAUACUUCUUGCAUAUUGUUUCA